AUGUACGAAGGGAUUGACAACCUGAAAUCCCUUUACGACCGUGCCGGGAAGACUUUCUCCGGCGGUCCUUCUGCGGCACAGGAUGUGCCGCAUCGUACUGCUCGAACAGACACAGUACGUCAACCAUCAGUUGGGAGCGGGGAUCCCAAGUAUCCCAGGACGGGGGAUAGCCGCGCCACCGGACGAGAUGACUCGUCCGACGUCCGUUCACGUCGCGGUGGUUCAACAGCUGCUCAACUAGAUAGCGCUGGCCACCGCGAGAGUCCUCUAAUGGAGGUGGAGGAGGAGGGAAGACGCUCUCCACACGAUCAUGGGGAUCCGUGUGUUCCCGAGAGCUUCUUUGAUCGCGUAACGCAAGGGUUACGCGGCGAUCUCGAGCAUGAGCAGGACAGGCGUCUCCAAAUGGCGGACACUGUCUUGAAGCAUCGAGCUGAGUUUGCCUUUGCUCAGCUUGAGAACGAGAGAUCUCUGAUAUCUCUUCGUGACGAGCUAAGUACCCUUGUUGAUGCCCACCAUCGGGAGCACAAGGCUCUCUGCGAGAUGCUUGAGCGCAAGGGCGUUCUUCAUCGGAAGAAGCAGCGUACUGAUGGUACGGCUUAA